UUGUCCAAAAAAACGCGUAUCUGUAUUUAACACUGUAACGUAGGUAUUAGUGUAAGUUUAUCCAUUUAUAAGUUCGAUUAGGACUUCACAAUGGACGAGGAUGGACUGCCGAUUGUUGGAUCAGGAAUAGACCUCACAAAGGUUCCAGCUAUACAACAGAGGAGAAUUGUUGCGUUUUUAAACCAGUUCAUUGUGCACACGGUUCGAUUCCUCAACCGGUUCUCCACCGUCUGUGAGGAGAAACUAGCUACCAUAUCACUUCGUAUCCAACAAAUUGAGACUACGCUUAGCAUCUUAGAGGCAAAGUUAUCCUCAAUCCCCGGCCUGGAGAAUGUGAGUGUUGAAGGAGUGAGCGAGAGGCCGACUGCAGACGCCAACGGCCCAGUAGUGGGUUCCAAUCAUGCUGUGACUCCAUCUACUUGUCCAGCUGCUGAGGAGACAGUCCCGGAAGCUAAGGCUGAAACAGCGAGUGAGAAUGUAAUGACUGUGGCUAAGGAUCCCCGCUAUGCAAGAUACCUGAAAAUGGUCCAAGUGGGUGUUCCAGUCAUGGCAAUAAAAAACAAGAUGGUCCUUGAAGGUCUGGAUCCCAACCUUCUUGAUUCACCAGAUGCUCCUGUGCCUGACGGAGGCUUGAAGAACACAGAGGCACAGGAUGAGGACAGCUCAGGCAGCGAAUCAUCUUUCAGCGAUUGACCUUGCAGACACCAUGCACCCAGCACCUUUUAAAAUAUCUGUCUGGGACUGGCCCCUCUAACACCCUCCACACAGGACUGAUUCUCUCAUGCUAGGAACAGAGAGAGUGUGAUGUAAUGUUAGUGUGUUUUAGAGUCCAGAGCUGGAGGGGUUGUCACUGACCAAAGCUUUGUCCUACUUGUUGUAAUAAGUGACAGGUAAGCGUCAGGAUUUGGACAGAGCGCACCAGGUUGGAACUGUGGUCCUCGGAUUGCAGGGGGAAAAAAGCAGUGAGCCUCACUGUGUAAGAAUGCAUUUAGGUUUGUAGCUGUCAUGCUUUAACCUGCCAAAUCCAUACUUAUCAUGUUUAUUUACUGAUUUUCUCAGCAAUAAAAGCAGCUGUUUAUCACCCUCGAUGAAUAUUAGAGAUGA